UGUCUCUUCUCCCACUUGGGUACUUGGUCUUUAUUGGGCACCUCUGUGUUUUUUUUUCCUACGCCAUAUUUAAAAAAGAAUCGUUCCUCGACCCUGCCGUGCUAGGUAGUGACUACAUUAGAAAGCGUCUCAAGUACGCCUGACGACUGGUUAUAGACCCCUCCACCCCGCCCUUGCCUCACCGCCCGAGUCUCCUUCUGACAACUGGCCUGCUCUGCUCUGCUCUGUUGUUUAUUACCUGCCGACCUCGUCUCGAGUUUUCGCCUUUAGAAAUACUUCCCUCGCACCAACCCCGGCCUGAAUCCCGUGCAACCAAACUACUCCCACUAGUUACAUAUUUCCAGCCAAGAUGAGCGUCGUUGGUGUCGAUUUCGGAACGCUCAACACAGUUAUUGCUGUCGCGAGAAAUCGAGGUGUCGAUGUUAUUACCAAUGAGGUUUCCAACCGUGCGACCCCCUCGCUCGUUGGAUUCGGCCCUAAAGCCCGCUACAUAGGCGAGCAGGCCAAGACACAAGAAAUUUCUAACCUCAAGAACACCGUCUCUUGCCUCAAGCGCCUCGCUGGACGCGCCCUCAAUGACCCCGAUGUUCAGAUUGAGAAGCAGUAUGUCACCGCCAGCCUGGUAGACUGCGGUGGUCAGGUUGGCGCCGAGGUCAAGUACGGAGAGAAUGACAAGGAGAAGUUCACAGCCACACAACUUGUUGCUAUGUUUCUCAGCAAGGUCAAGGCAACCGCUGCUGCAGAGCUUAAGCUACCAGUGGCCGAUGUUGUCUUGAGUGUGCCGCCGUGGUUUACCGAUAUCCAGCGACGAAGCAUUGUUGACGCUGCUGAGAUCGCUGGCCUUAAGCCUCUUCGGAUUAUGAACGAUACCACAGCGGCCGCCUUAGGCUAUGGUAUCACGAAGCUAGAUUUGCCUACUGAAGAUCAGAAGCCACGCCGUGUCUGCUUUGUAGACAUCGGCCACAGCAACUACUCAUGCUCUAUCGUUGAGUUCAAAAAGGGCGAACUGACCGUCAAGUCGACUGCAUUCGACCGUCACUUCGGUGGUCGCGACUUUAACCUGGCAUUAGUCAACCACUUCGUCAAGGAAUUCAAGGGCAAAUAUCACCUCGACAUUAAGCCCAACAGCAAGGCCUGGGCUCGUAUCGAGGCUGGCGCCGAGAAGAUGAAGAAGAUUCUGUCCGCUAACCAACAAGCACCCUUAAACAUUGAGUCUCUUAUGGACGAUGUUGACGUGAAUUCCAUGGUAACAAGGCAGGAAUUCGAGGCCCUCGUCGAGCCUCUCCUGAACAAGGUUGCGGGCCCGUUGGAGCAGGCCCUUGCCGAUGCCAAGCUGACCAAGGAUGACAUCGACUACAUUGAACUGGUUGGUGGUAGCACCCGUGUGCCAGCUAUUAAGGAGAGAGUCCAGGCUUUCUUCGGCAAGGGUCUGUCGUUCACUCUCAACCAAGACGAGGCCAUCGCUCGAGGUUGCGCCUUCGCCUGUGCUAUUCUAUCGCCCGUCUUCAAAGUCCGCGAUUUCUCCGUUUCGGAUAUUGUUCACUACCCGAUCGAGUUUUCGUGGGAGAAGGAUGUGGAUAUCCCCGAUGAGGAUACAAGCUUGACUGUUUUCGGCCGGGGUAAUAUCCUGCCAUCCACCAAGAUUCUGACCUUCUAUCGCAAACAACCCUUUGACCUCGAGGCCCGUUACUCGAACCCUGAGGACCUUCCCGGCAAGGUGGCCCCCUUCAUCGGUCGAUUCUCAGUUAAGGGAGUCAAGGCAGACUCUAAGUCAGAAUUCAUGAUCUGCAAGUUGAAGGCCAGAGUCAAUAUCCACGGUAUCUUGAAUGUCGAGAGUGGCUACUAUGUCGAGGACCAAGAGGUCGAAGAAGAAAUUAAGGAAGACGGCGACAAGAAAGACGGUGAUGCUAUGGAGACCGACGACAAGAAGGACGAUAGCAAGCCCAAGACACGAAAAGUGAAGAAGCAGGUUCGCAAGGGUGACCUUCCCAUCGUUGCUGGAACUACAUCUCUCGAAAACUCUGUUAAGGAGUCUUUGAUCGAGAAAGAGGCAGCUAUGAUCAUGCAGGAUAAGCUGGUGGCCGACACCGAGGAGAAGAAGAACGAGCUCGAGACUUAUAUUUACGACAUGCGAAACAAAUUAGACGACCAGUAUGCCGACUUUUCCAGCGAGGAAGAGAAGGAUAAGUUGAGGGCUAAACUCACCGAGAGCGAGGACUGGCUGUAUGAGGAGGGUGAGGACACCACCAAGGCCGUUUACAUUGCGAAGAUAGAUGAGAUCCGCGCCAUGGCCGGUCCCAUCACUCAAAGAUACUUUGACAAAGUAGAGGCCGACCGCGAAGCGUUGCAGGCCAAACUUGAUGCCGAGGCGGCGGCCAAGAGGGCGACCGAGGAGGAGGCCCGUAAAGCCGCUGAGGCGGAGAAGGGUCAGGGUAACAAAGACGAGGAGAUGACAGAUGCCGACGCCGCUAAACCCGAGGGCGACGAGGCUCAAUCCUAGGUGUAUAUCCCCGACGCAAUGGGUUGAGAGUGGCGCCAUCUGCCCAACAACGGGUACAGUGCCCGAGACCAAUACAGAAUAUCACAAAAGUAAUGACUUGAAACGUGGGUAGGGGGGCCGGGGCACUGGAUUUUUGACCAUGAUGAGUUUCGGAAUAUUACUUGCUGCUUCUCAUCCCAACCGAAUAUUUGCGGUGUUAGAGAUAGAAUAUCUACGGCCGCUUCCAUUAGUACACGAGGCUGGCUGCAGACUUGAGAUAGACUUUAUCCGGAUAUGGGUAUGUUCAUAACUAUAUUUUUUGCGUUCCUGAGUGAAAGAGUAUUGAGACUUUGAGUCAAGUUGUCCUAUCCAUGUGCCUUUCCUGCUGAGGUAGUUUAAUGAGCUUAGGAACCUUAUCUAGUAAUUUGUAAGGCCCUCGAAUAUAGAGAUGAUAAUUACUAAUAAUGAAA